UAAUCGAAUAUUGAAGAGAAAACAUAAAUCGAAGAGUAACCGGCCAGAUUACCUUUAUCGAAGACGAUGGUAACAUCCAUGUCUGGAUCCGAAGAUCCGAUCCAAAAAAUCGGGUUCUAGGUCGGAUUUAGAUAUGGUGAAAUAUCCGAUUGGGUAUGCUUUCAUUUAUGUUUUGGGUACCGGUUUAGAGUUUGGAACAUAAUCAAACCGGGGGAUGUCUUUUUUUUUCCAGUUUAUAUGUCACAAACCCAAACAAUCGAACCGAUCUGAGGUUCGGUUUAGGAUAAACCACGGCAAUCCGGAACUCUCAAUUUGGUUUAGAAUCCGAGCAAGUAUUGAGCUUGCUCCUUCACCAUUUCUUUUUCGUUCACUUCCUACAAAAGCAUAUUCCUUUCUCUCUGUAUCUCCUUCACCUCCGGGCUAAAAAAGGAUCCGGCUUAGAGCUGCUUGAUGUUUCGUUUUCUUCUACUUACGUGGCGUGAAAGCUGAUCAAUAACAUUAUUCGACGCGAAGCUUCUUUCUGUCUGAAUAGUGUUGUAUACACAGACACAAAGCUAAAUCAUUCCAGGGGAACUAACACUGUAGACACUAGAAAGAUCUUUUCGGGUUUGAUGAUGAUUUAUUUCAAGAUCUAGAAUAUUAGUUGGGUUUUGUCUGAGAUUAAAAAAAGGACCAUUCUUUGUAGAAGGGUCUUGUCUGAAACAGAGAUAUUCAGUUUUCAAGUAUGCUACCAAGUGGGUUGAAAGAAACUCAACUCAACAACAACAACCAGAAGGUCCAUCCACAACCAAUGGAACAAUGUAUCAACCAGAACCCUGAAGCUAUGGAAGCACUUAUCUCCAACCUCUUUGGAAACAUCUCUUCUCUAAAAUCUGCUUACAUCCAGCUUCAAUCUGCUCACACUCCUUACGACCCCGACAAGAUUCAGGAAGCCGACAAGGCUGUGAUCUCUGAACUCAAGAAUCUCUCCGAGCUGAAACAUGUUUACAGAGAGAACAACCCCAAGCCUGUGUGCGUCUCUCCCAAAGACUCUCGUUUAGCCGCAGAGAUCCAAGAGCAGCAGAGUCUGUUGAAGACUUACGAGGUCAUGGUGAAGAAGUUUCAGUCUGAGAUUCAGAACAAAGACUCCGAGAUCACUCAGAUGUUGCAGAAGAUCGAGGAAGCUAAUCAGAAACGUCUUAAGCUCGAGAAGAAUCUUAAGUUAAGAGGAAUGUCGUCCACUAACGAAUCUUCCGGUGAUUUGCAGUUUCCUGACUUGACCGUUGAGCUUUUUGAAUCAACCUAUGAAGCUGCUUCUAAAGCUGUUCACGAUUUCUCAAAGCCGCUGAUCAACAUGAUGAAAGCUGCGGGAUGGGAUCUUGAUUCUGCAGCUGAGUCCAUUGAGCCUGGUGUUGCUUACGCCAAGAGGCCUCACAAGAAGUAUGCGUUUGAGUCAUACAUAUGCCAGAGGAUGUUCAGUGGGUUUCAGCAGGACACUUUCUCACUAGACUCAGAUGAUGACACUGAGACCUUCUUCACUCAGUUUCUUGCUUUAAAGGACAUGGAUCCACUAGAUGCUCUGGCUACAAACCCUCAUUCCAACUUUGGUAAGUUAUGUAAGAGCAAGUAUCUCAUCUUGAUCCACCCAAAGAUGGAAGCUUCUUUCUUUGGAAACCUAGACCAGCGUGAGUACGUGACAGGAGGUGGCCACCCGAGGACCGCGUUUUAUCAGGCCUUUUUGAAGCUAGCAAAGUCUAUAUGGUUAUUGCACAGGCUUGCUUACUCGUUUGAUCCAGCUGCGAAGAUCUUCCAGGUGAAAAAGGGUAGUGAGUUCUCUGAUUCAUACAUGGAAAGUGUUUUGAAGAACAUAGCUGUGGAUGAAAAGGGAGAGAGCCCAAGUGUUGGUCUUAUGGUGAUGCCUGGGUUUUGGAUCGGUGGAAGUGUGAUUCAGAGCAGAGUUUAUGUCUCUGGUGUGAAGGUCGGUGAAUGAAAGGAGAUUCUGGUCUUGUCCUAAAGCUUUGGUGUGCAACUUUUAUGUUUGUACUUGUUAUAAAUUAAAUUUUCUGUAAGCUUGCAUGUAAUUUGUUCAGAACUCAUAAGCAAAAGAGAUAUAUUAUUCUCCCAACCAAAAAGAAAUUUAUUAUCAUGUAUAAAUGUUGGCCUAAUGUUGUUAGGAUAAA